AUUGAGGCCAACAGUCGAGCACGAAGCGUGAGGGACUGAGCAUCGAAAUCACGAAUUGAACGUGGAGUGGUCGGUGACCAGGGCCAGGAACUCCACGAUAUAUGUUGUGUCUGGCACGGCUAGUCGUAGCGUAGUGUAGUUAUCAGUAGGGAAGCAUUUAUUGGCGACCGGUACCGCGGCUUUUGGCAACAGAUAUACCAAACGAAUCGACGGUCCGCGUUUUCAGUUUGUGAAAAACCGUGGAAGCGAUCGGAACGAUUUGUGAUUUCCCUCUCGAUGUAAGUUUGGCGCGAUUGGCGAGGAGCAUUUAGCAGCGUUGCGAUGAAUGAGGAAGAAAUUAUGUGCAAACUGCGAAGGACUUCGUGGAUUAGUUGAAGGCAGGAAUUUCACCUUCAGGUGUUUUUUGUGUGUUUCGUUUGAAAUUCAAUGGUAAUGGAAAAAUCAAGUGCCAUGAGCAGCAUAUGUAUGUUGGAUGUGUGUAAUUAGAAAAUGUGCAAAGGGGAUUGGAAGUAGUGAUCGGUGGAAGGUUUAUUGGAUUUUCCGGAGAAGUCGCUGGCAGAUAUAGAAGUGCAAUUGUAACGGAUUUUCUGUAGCUCACACUAGUAAACCAAUCGAUCAACUAAUUGGUUGAAAUGGUUUUGCAGCUGACUAUCCGACAAGGUGGUGUAAUCUAGGGUGUUAUGUUAUUGUGUUCAUUGCUUGUGAAUUGAAAAACUGGCAUAAAUAGACCAUAACGAAGAAGAAUCCCUCAACGCUAUGGAAAACUCUCCGCUCAAAAGUAACCGCAAAGUGCGGUUCUCCCUUCCCGACAACAACAUUCCAGCGGUGCCGGCAAACGCCACUCAACCAAAGCAACGUAUAUCUCAUGGAACUCUUCAGUAUGUCAACGGAACUCUAGUCAGUCAAUCAUCCAUCCCUGCCGGAACUAACCUCCAGACUCCUAGCCAUGAUCUCAAUCGUCUACAAAAUCAACCUGGCCAACUCCGGCAGGCGAAAGCUAAGGAGACCAGUACGAAAAUUGUUCUACAUUUGCGUCCAUCUACCGGGAUAGACAAAUACGAAAAUAUGGAGAUAGCGCCAGUGAAGACAACUGGAGCAGCGUUGGACAAAACGCCAAGGAAAGUACAAAAAAGUGGUAUUCCACGGUUGGAAACAAGAGCAUUCAAAACACUUCCCCAAAUAAAUCAAAAGUUUCCUAGCUCGGAGGAUGUGAAUAACAACACGACUUCCACUAGGGAUGCUUGCCAUCGGCACAAAUCCAGUGAAGACUUGGGCUUCGGUAAAACAACCGACGCCAACAACAAUAUCCAACAAAUCAAAAAGCAAACCGUUAUGCUUCGAACUAUCUCCAGCGUAAGUGCCAUCACUGGACCCAAAUCGCUUUCCACCAGAAACAGAUCCAAAUCAUUGGGGAAACCCAGUUCUGUCCGAAGUGGCAAAACUCUGAUCUCUUCCCAUCUCCAGCCACACGACAGCAACAUUACCAUCAAAGUGCAGGAAAGUUCCCCAUCUCGGCGCGCUCUGCUGGGUGACCCCACUGAUCCAGAGGGAAAUCGAACGGCUCGUCCGUCCCUACUGGAAUCGGGUCCCCCCUCCAAUGGCGCCGGUUCAGCAAAUGCCAACACGAGGCCAAAGUCCCAGUAUGCCAAAUGUAACUUCCUAACGGUGCCAGAGUUCAGCGAUCGGUACGAAGGCAUGGAAACGGUUGUUUCCACUUCCGCUGCCGCUAGCGAUGAUGAAGAGGAGGAAGAGGACUUGGAGGGGGAAGCGCUGAAUCAGUCGGGGGAAAAUCGAAUCGGCGCGGGAGGAGUCGAAGCCGUUGAAACGGUGAAAAAUGGAAACGGAAGAGGUGCGAAGCGGAACGGAAUUGCCGCAGGAAGCGGAGAAAGCGAACCGAAAGCUCCCAGCAAACCGUUAGACGACGCGGGCUUCAAGUGCAUCCAAGACACCAACCUGGGGCGGGAUAAAAACUCGCUCCAAUUCUGGGACUUUGUCGAACGUUGGCGGGCGAACCGGGCGUUGAAAAAGCUCGACAACAGCUCUACCAACAUGCCUCCCAAUGGCAGCAGCGGCAAUGGGGGGCCGAAUGGCAACUCCGCCGGCGAUCCAACGUCAGUGUCGAUUGGCGGUUCGGGCAGAUCGGACGUGAAAAGCCCAACGCUCAGUUCUCGUAUCCGGGCGCUCAGGAUGAGCAUGGAGCAGGUGCCCACGGUCACCACACUGCUGAGGGCGUCUCGGGACGCCAACGAGUACCUACUGAAGGAGGUCUUCCGGGACAUUCUGGAGAAUGGCAUCUCGCGGGAAAACCUCAACUCAACGGAUCGAAGCGGAAGGACGGCCAUUUCGUACAUCUGUUCGACAAAUCUGACGAACUUUUUGGAACUGUUCCUCCAGCUACCGGGCAUCGACGUAAACAAACCGGACAACGAAGGCAACACACCGCUGCACUUUGCUGCCCAAGCUGGUCUUUCGGACGUCGUUAACAUGCUUAUCACCAAGUGCCGAAGUUUGAUAAUUGACCCAAAGAACAACCUAGGUUUCACCCCAUUGAUGAAGGCUGCCCUACAAGGAAGGACUCGAUGUGCCAAGUUGCUGCUUUUCGCUGGGGCAUCUCCAGUCGAGACGGACACCGGCAGGGGAUUCCGGGCUGAGCAGUGGGCCCGAUUCUGCGGAAGACACACGUGUGCCGAAACGAUAGAACAGUGCGCCCGGGCACGGUUGUUGGAUAAGUCGGCUCCCUGUGGAAAGUGGUCCCACGAUAUAGUUCUUCCCGGAGAUAAAAGUGUACUGAAAGCAACCCGAAGCAGCAGCAUCGCUGGACAGACAGCUAAUCCCAAUGGAAUUCGCUCAAAAUUCCGCAAAGUAUUCCCCUUCAACUUUUCCUCAAAAGACAAACCAGUCACCAAAGAGGUGGAUGAAAACUACACCAAGGACUUGGUAAACUAUCUCAAAUCGGCCACAAUCUGCGUUAGCGGGCCCGCCUUGUCUGCCAACAGAAAAAUCAUCCAGAGCCUUAUCCGACCACUAGAAGUGCCAAAACUAGAAGUGACCUACGCCAACAAUAAUGCGCUAAUCAAAAAGUACGAAGCGGCCGACUAUUCCGGAAGUGGAACCAGUAGCGACGAUCGACAGGACACGACCUCGGACGCAUCGAUGGAUAGCAGCCGGCAAUCGUCACCGGUUCCGGCACCAAGAAGCAAAGUGAAGAAUUAGCUUGCACAUCCUAAAUGCACCACACACAUACAAUUGCGCAACACCAAUUUGCAUAGUCGCAGUUCGAUUCGCUGCGAAAUGAAGAUCUACAAAAGUCUUGUUUAAAUAAAUGUAGUUUAACGGAGUAAAGUAAAUGUAAAGGUUCAAUGUUCGUAACCGUUUAGUAUACUGUACCGUAAAGUGCAUUGGCGAAAAAUAAGAAAAAAAAUACAUGAAUUCCUAUCUGAAGUAAUCUCAACGGAGAUCUGAUUAUUCUGAAUGUCAGCUGACAUUUUGAUAACUUUCAUGAAAUAAAAUUGUAAGAAAAACUAUUGAAAUUUUUUAAUAAUUAUUGUUAUAGAACAUUUUGUGCUAAUGAUAGACUGCGCUAGGGAGAACAUAUUUUUACUACUUAUCGAAGACUAUUUACUAAAACUUUUCAAAAAAUUUCAUCUUGAUAGGUUUGUAUCAAUGCUUUUUUUCCUGUAGGCUAUCUAUAAAUUCUCGUUAGAAUAAGUGCUCGAACAAAUGAUCAUAUGGACUUUCUCUACUCCCAUACUACAAUGAUGUAUGUACGCUGUUCAUAUUUAGGCUCUGUAAAAUAAAUAGUUGCCUACCAUUAAA